UCGUGAUAGUGUUUGUUCGCUCGCAGUUAUUUUUUACUCAGGACUUCGGGUCUUAUCCCAAGUAUUAAUUUACAUUUCACUAUCAUUAUAAUGGUCAUUUAGUUUUUUCUAGGAUCAUGUCGUUCCAUAACGUACGUAGCUAGUAACUUACCUCGCGUUAACGACGUACCAUCACAACGAUUGUCUGAACACUACGUUCCUGAUAUAAUCGUUACCGUUCGCUUACUUAAGACCGUUUAUCAAUCACCGAACGCCUUUCAAAUCUCUUAUUCGUUUUAAUCGUUGUGCCAUUUGCUUCUCCCCAACUUCUAUGCCAGAGACCGAUUUGAAAAUUCGUUUAAUUUUCACAAGACAUAGUGUUCGUACGAAUAUUCAUUUAUCUGAAGACAGAACGAAUUCACUAGCUAUUUAAUAGCAAGAUAUAUAGUAGAUUUAUCAACAGUUCAGGCCCAAUGGCAGACUCCAAAUGCUGUUUUGGUUGUUCGAACGUGCGAAACGGCACGUGGGUCAUAUCUAUUUUUGACAUGUUGAUAUGUUCAUUUUUGGCUGUAGCUACUCUUUCACGGUUGAGUGUUUCACCAUAUCCUUUCAAAUCAAAUUACCAUUCUUCAAAUUGUGAUGUUGUCACUGUGGAUUAUAUUUCACCCAUGGAUUAUGAUUUUCUCAUAUUUAAUCAAUUAUGUGUAUUAUUCUAUUUUUUUUAUCUCAACUUGAAUCUGAAAAAUGCAACAUAUAUACAUAAUGCUCAAAUUAUCAACCAGUGGUUGGUAACCAAUUCAAUAUUUUUUGUAUUCUUCCUCCUUACUAUUGGCUUUAUUACUCUCAAGAAUGGAACUUCAAAUUUUAUUCCUAUUGCCAUUCCUAUCAGUAUUGUUGUUAUAUACCAAAUUUAUGUGGUAAAAUGUUUUUAUGAUGACGAGGUCAAGUUCUUAGCCAUUUCUGCUAGAAAUGCAGCUCAUUCUACAAUACAAUGUGCACCAAUUGUGUCUAUAACCAAUCAAAGUGUUCAGGCCCCUCCCCUCUAUCCUGUACAAGCUGGACCGUAUGUUAUGCAACAAGGGCCUCAUCCUGUGAUGCAAGCAUCUUAUCCUCAACAAACGUAUCAGUAUGAAACACAGCAGCCAUCAUCCCAAUCUCAACCAGAUCAACGUGCCCCCCAAGAAUACUGUAACCCUCCGCCAUAUUCACCUGCUUAUAAUAUGCAUGAAGGUUUUUCAGCCAAACAGUAAUCAAAAAAUAAUGACAUUAAAUAAUACUAUUUUCCAAUGUAUCUUAUCUUAAAAAUAUGAUCCCAGACUUAUUUUAUUAUAGUGUGUUUACAAGAUAACUAUAAUUUGUACAUAUAGUGGAUGGAAAGUACAAAUUGUUUAUCGUAUGUUUACAUAUUAUUUUCUAUUUAUUUAAAUUUAAUGAACUAUGUUAAGUAUUGUGUGUGUUACUUAUUGUCACUUCAAUACUUAUACAUAUUAAUCUCAUUCAUGCUUAAAAGAACAUUGUUAAUUGUACAGUAAUAUGAUAUUUAGAUUAGUUUUUACUAUUGAAAUUAAGGGCUAUAUUUUAAAUUAUAUUAUGCUAUUCUUAAGAUAAUUUUCAGAAAAUUAUAAAAAAAAAAAAUUUGGAAGAAAAUAAAGUUAGUUUGAUGUGUCACAGUA